UGGAACUGGAGUGGGCUUGAAGGAGAAAAACAUCUUAAGAAAAUGUGUUGGAGGCAAAAUACUAGGUUUAUUUUAACAAUAACUCUGGUUUUGUGGAAUAUUAAUUUUGCAGAAGGCCUUAGAAAAGAAGGUGAUACUCAUGACCCUGAAGGAAAUGUGGAUGUCAUUAUUCAAAAGCACAGCGCAAAAGAGCGAGCCACCACAUUAAAAGUCUACAGUGUUAUGAAUCAGAGCUUCGAGUAUAAAAAGCAGAUCAACUCGAGACCAAUUGUACCUUUCACUGGGCUAACAGAGAGUCGGACCCUUAACCGGCACUGUUGUAAAAAUGGAGGAACUUGCAUCCUCGGCAGUUUCUGUGCAUGCCCCCAAUACUUUGUUGGCAGAUACUGUGAGCACGACGAACGGAAAAGCAACUGUGGCCCAUUUGUGCAUGGAGAAUGGAUAUGGAAGGGUUGCCAACUGUGUCGAUGUGCUUAUGGUGUUCUUCAGUGUUUAUCUGAACAAAGACAAAACUGUGCUUUAAAUAAGGAAGAGGAAUUCAUCUAUUUAACUUCAAAUUGUCCAAGAUUACAGCAAACAAUGUGCUUUCUUAUUCUUCUAUUAGGCUGCUUUUUCACUUGGUUCAGCACAAAGAUUUUCUAUCACGUCUGAAGCUCUCACUUAUUUGGACUGGAAAUUCUGUAGAUGGAUCUACAGAAUGCAAGAAAGCUAGAAACAGACUGUUGUUGCAUUUCUACUAUUUAUUUACCUGUUUAACAGGAAUGCUUUAGGCUAUUUACUUCUUUUCAUGAAAUUCCAGUUACAUUUCCAUGGUGAAAUCACCCUUAAUUACCUCAUUCCAAUAGUAUUUUCUAUAUCAUAUCAAGGAGAAAAUAUGCAGUUGUUUUGCUGUUAAGGAUUUGUACAAGACCUCAUUCAAUCCUGCCAUUUCUGCUGCCCUUCAAAUAGUUGAAUUUCAGCUCCCAUGUUAAAAAUCAAGAUAUUUCAAGAGCACCACACUGAGAAUGCUUCUGUACCUAGUUGUAAACAAAUCUGCAUCAAUGAAAAGUAAAACCAAAAUAUUUAAGUGAGCUCAGUUCCUAGUGACCUGAGAGAUAUAAUCUUUUUUUUUGUGGCACUAUGAAAAUAAUUUUUGAUUGCUACCUUGAUAUCUUUUCCCCCAACUUCCCAUUUUAUCUUCCCUACAUGCUGAAGAUUUCUUAAUAUUCUCCCAUCCAAUUAUUAACC